AUGGCGGCAAUCUUCAGCCCGGGGCGCGGAGCUCGCCCAGCCAAGGGGGCUCUGAUGGUGGCAGCGGCCGCGGCAGUCCUGACCUUGUCGGCUUUCUCGAGCGAUUUCCUUUACGCCGCGCGAAGUCCACUGAGGCCCACGGUGCAGAGCCCAAGCACUGGUGAGACGCACGAGGUUGUGUCCUCUACCCCGGCUUCGCAGCAGGAGGGCUCCUCCUUCGCUUCAAGCAGCUCUUUGUUGCUCUUUGCCGCCAGCGCCGUGAUCGCACGCAACGUGGCCAUGUACGGUGCGUCUCCGAAGGGCAAGCGGGCGCACUGGCGAACGCACAGAGACAAGGUGCGCUGGUACAAGAGAGGAGAGCUCCAAGCAAAGCGCGCCCUGGCCCUUGGGCGUGGUAUCAGGAAUGGCACCAUCGACUUCAUCUACGGCAAGCCACAGGAUGACGACGACGAUGAUGACUUCGACGAUGAGUACGAUGAUGAGGAAGAUGACGACGAGCUUGAAAGUCAGUCUCUCUCCUAG